CACUGUAGCCUGGGCAACAAAGUGAGACUCUGUCUCAAAAAAAGAAAGAAAGAAAUUCUUCAGACCCGCUUGCUCUGGAGUGGCGCUGUCUUCAGUCCUUACGAAGCUCCCUGGGCAGCUCUCAUGGUGAUCCGGGGCUGGCCACUGCUGUUUUACAGUUCAUAUAAAUGGUGUCACUGUUAACAUGUCCUACUGCAACUUGCUUUGCUCGACAUUACUAUAUAUAUAAAAUUAUUUUUUAAGAGACAGGGUCUCGCUAGGUUGCCCAGGGUAGACCUGAACUCCUGGGCUCAAACAAUCCUCCCGCCUUAGCCUCCCGAGCAGCUGGGACUACAGGUGGCUUUUUGCUCAUCGUUAGAGUUUGGAUCUUUUCCGUGGGCAUGUGUGUAGGUCUAGGACAGGUCAUUUUUCUCCCCUGCUAUUACUUCUUUUUGUGAUUGUGUGUCACAGAGAAAGUAUCUGUUUACCUUUUGGUGGCCAUUUAGGUGAUUUCCUGUUGGGGCUGUAACAGUGCUCUGAUGAGCAUUCUAGAAUGUGUUUCCUUGUGUGCUAUGGCCAGAGGCUGUCUUGGGAAUAUGCCUUGCGGUGGAAGUGCUGAACCUGCCACCUCUCCCAGCUGUUGCCAAGUCGCUCUCCUAAGCGGUUGUACCAGUGCGUCCCAGCAGCGCUCCAGGGCUCCCUUCAGUCCACGUCCUGCUUCGUGCAAGGUCUCGGCCCUUGCCGAGACAGUCUACUCAGCCAUGAGAUGGUGCGUUUACGGACCCCCCGCACCCCACCAGGCUAGUUGGAAACAGUUGGGGAGAUGGUUCACGUGGCCGGCUUAGCCAGGACCUGACACCCACUGGCCCCUCACACUCAGAGGAGGAGGCAGGCUGGGGAGGGCUUUGACCUUUGCCCUCAAGGGCAUCCAGGACAGUGACCCAACUCUCCUUGGGGGGCAGCUCACAGGGCUGACAGCUGGGAAAGGGAACUGUAUUAACUAGAAACGCCCUUCAGAGGAGGCAAGGGGGAAGGAGGCGAAGGUUGGAAAGGGCUGGGCAAAGCCUUGUUACAGUCUUUUGAUGUGUCUGAUUGUUGGUCCCAGUGGUGACCAGCACAGCCCGCCACUGCGCUCCUGUGCUGACCAGAGAGGUCAGGGCUAUGUAGGAGGAUGCACAGGCAGAGGGGUUGGGGGGUGGGGCACAGGGACUGUGGGACUCCAGAGGAGGUAUCUGACCCAGCCUGGGGGUCCAUGAGGGCUUUCUGGAGAAGGUGACAUCUGGAUGAGGAGAAAGAGUGAGCCAGGCCUAGAAAGGGGGUAGAAAGAGCAUAGCAGGUAGUGGGUACAGAAAGUGCAAAGGCCCUGAGGUCCAGAUGAGCUCGGGGUGUUCAAGGACCAUCGCACAGGCCAGUGUGGCCCAGUGGGGGAGGGGGUCAGAGAGGAAGAGGAUGAGGCAGACGAAGCAGGACUGACAGGCAGAGGUAAGGCAUGCAGAUUUCGUUCUGUGUGUAAUGAGAAGUCAUUAGAGGGCUUUGGCGACAUCUGGUUUCCCUGUUAUGAGAUUGCUCAGGCUGCUGUGUGGGGAGCAGAUCGUGGCGCAGGAAGGGACAGGGAGCCUAUGGACAGGCUGCUGUGAUAGUCCAGGAGGAGAGGGUGGAUGGGAUGAAGGUGACAGUCAUGGAGGAGGGUCCCAUGUGCCAGCCGAGAUCGUCAGCACUUUGCCCACGUUAACUCAUUCGAUCUUCGCAGCAGCCUAUAUGAAGCGGGUGCUAUUAUCAUCCCCGCUUUAAAAAUGAGAAAACUGAGCCCCAGAGCGUACGUGACUUGCCUAAGCUCACACAGCAGGCAAGAGGCAGAAGUAGGCUUUGAACCCCGGUCCCCAGGGCUGCAGAGUCACCGCUCGUCGGGGCUGCCUGCCAUUGGUUUGGAACUGGCUUUGAAGGAUGGGGCUGGUUCCUGUCCAGUUGGUUCUUACCCAGGCUCCUCUUUAGACAGAAGCUCCUGGGGGACCUGUUCCACCUGGGUAGUUUCUGGGCACUGGGUCCCCUCAGGGCCACCUAGUAGCUCCUUUCCUUUCUUGUCCAGAGCCCCCCCUCCUUGCGCUGCUGGCUCGUGGUGAGCCAGACAUCCUGGCCAGACGUUAGGGGUGUCCCCGCAGCUGUUUCUCCCAUCACCCGAGCCGGGCCGCCACAGAUGCUGCCAGCAGGAAGCAGUCUCCGUCCAAGUCACAGCCAGGGAAAUGGGACCCUUCCCGCCCAGGCCACCCAUCUGGGGCCAGGGCUUAUUGUCUGCCAGACGCCUUGGCCCACAGGAAGGUUGUAGGGGCCAAGGAGGGUGAGAAGGGGAACUCUCCCAGGUCCCAGGGGACCCAGCUAUGGCGGAUGUGACUGAAGCCAUUGCUCACUGCAGCCUGUCUCCUGGGGCCCUCGGGUCCUGCCCUGACCUUCCCAUGUUUGCGAGGCCAUCUGCUGCUGUCCUAAGGGACAGCGGGAAUUUCCCUGCCGGGCAGUGCAUGCCAACACGUCCCUCAGCCUGUCCCCCCUAGCUGGGAGCUCCCGGGACCUCCCGUUUGUCGCUUACUAAAUGGGGGUGUUAGUGGCUACUUCUCAGGGCUGUGGAAGGAUUUGAAGAGAGCAUGCGCGUGUGUAAAAUGCUAGCCCGGUGCCGGGCACGCAGGAAGCUCUUGGUGAGCACUGAACGUCAUAGUUCUGUAGGAGCCAUGGUUCAAUCUCCUCGCACCCUGCCCUCCUCUGGGCGCCCAGCCGUAUCGAUCCCUCGAUAGCCCCCAGCUCUGGCGUCCAGGCUCGGUGAGCCGAGCACCGGCACGGCACGUGCGACUUACUGUCGGGUGGCUCUGCACAGAGACCCUGGGACGGCGGUGUUAUUAACCUCAUUUCUCUUUUCCUGCAUUUUAAUUUUCAAAAGGCACAUUUUUGCUCCAUGUGCGCAUAUUACCUGUUCCUCUAAAUAAUAAUUGAAAAAGCACACACACAGCUCAAAAGAUACACGGAGACGAGCAAAUCUCUUUCCCGCCCGCUGCCGGCGACAGCCACUGUCCCACUUUCUUUUCUUUCCUGCACUAUUGGUUCCUGCAAGUGUUCUCCCCUCCUUGUAGUUUUUACUCACAUGGAGCGGACUUCCCAUGAUUGUAACAUCCUGCCCUUUGCGUCUUUCCCUCCGAAGUUCUGUGUCAGGACAGGGAGUGCUUCCUCCAGUGUCCCGUGGCACGUGUGUGCCCCCACAAUUCCCCGUGUGCCGAUGGCGGUUCAGAUCAUUCUGCGUCUGCACGUGAGCGCCGUGUGUCUGAGCUCGUGGUCUCCUGGUCUGGGAUGGGCGCCUGCCAGCCCCGCCAGUCGCGCUCCCUCCUGCCAGAGGCUGUGCCCGUUCACACUCACACCCCGCCGUCUAGUGGCACCAGCGUUUCCUCACACCCUCCCAGCGUGGACGCAGCAUUGCCUGAUGCUUUGACCUUUGCCAGUGAGACAGGUGACAAAUGGCCCUCCCCGUGGUUCUGAUUUUAAUACGAGUAAAGCGGAGCAUCUGUGUGCUGUCGAAAGCCAUCUGGGCUUUCUUCUCUGGGAGCUGUCAAUUCCUGAUUUUAUUUUCCCUGAGAAGGGGAAACUGAGGCACAGGCCAGCAACUUCACAGCAAGUAAGUGACAGAUCUGGGACUCAAACCCAGGCCUUCCCGGCUCUAUUCUGGAGUUCCUGACCUGUCUGACACAGUGGAGGUCGAGAUCAUGGACUUUGGAGCCAGCUUUGCCACUUAAUGGCUGUGUGACCCAAGGCAGGCUGCAGUGGAGCUUUUGAAGGGGACACCUUGAGAGCUGGUUGCCCUGGGCAAAGUCCUCACAUGGAGAGCCUCCCUCCGGGCCCUCCCUGCUCCCAGCCCGGCCAGCCCUGGAAACUCCUGAUAAAGCUGCAUUGUGCGGCGGUUUCGAGUUUGCCUCCCCAGCCGGGUUUCACCACUCCCACACCUCGCCACUCCCACCCGACGAUGGAAAGCACCCAUGGAAAGCGGCUCGCCACCCAGGGGCCGGCCUCCCCUGCUUCCUUCUCCCCCCGCCCGCCCCCGCGGGCAGCGGGCAGCGCUGGGCACGGGCAAAAGUAGGACACUGCAGGCUGCUGGCCUCUCCGCAGACUCGGCCCCCAGAUGAGUAACCCGAAGACCAGAGAGAAGACGUCACCCGCCUGAGGGCACUUCUAGCCCAGCCAGCAUCAGACCAGGCCUGGUAGGAGCCCGAGCCUCAGCCCUCGCGGCACUGAGGCCCCGGCGCCAUGUUUGGGAAGAAGAAGAAGCGGGUGGAGAUCUCGGCGCCGUCCAACUUCGAGCACCGCGUGCACACGGGCUUCGACCAGAACGAGCAGAAGUUCACGGGGCUGCCCCGCCAGUGGCAGAGCCUGAUCGAGGAGUCGGCUCGGCGGCCCAAGCCGCUGGUGGACCCCGCCUGCAUCACCUCCAUCCAGCCCGGGGCCCCAAAGACCAUCGUGCGGGGCAGCAAAGGUGCCAAGGAUGGGGCCCUCACGCUGCUGCUGGACGAGUUUGAGAACAUGUCGGUGACACGCUCCAACUCCUUGCGGAGAGACAGCCCGCCGCCACCCACCCGUGCCCGCCAGGAAAACGGGAUGCCGGAGGAACAGGCCGCCACGGCCAGAGGGGGCCCGGGGAAGGCGGGCGGCCGAGGCCGGGUCGCCGGUCACAGCGAGGCGGGUGGCAGCAGUGGUGACAGGCGGCGGGUCGGGCCGGAGAAGAGGCCCAAGUCUUCCAGGGAGGGCUCAGGGGGACCCCAGGAGUCCUCCCGGGACAAACGCCCCCUCUCCGGGCCUGACGUUGGCACCCCCCAGCCUGCCAAUCUGGCCGGCGGGGCGAAACUGGCGGCCGGCCGGCCCUUUAACACGUACCCGAGGGCCGAUACGGACCACCCGUCCCGGGGUGCCCAGGGUGAGCCUCGAGAAAUGGCCCCCAAUGGGCCAUCAGCGGGGGGCCUGCCCGUCCCCCAGUCCUCCUCCCGGCCUCCCACCCGCACCCGCGGCCCCCCCGGCCCUGGAGUGCUGGGCCCCCAUGCCUCCGAGCCCCAGCUGGCCCCUCCAGCCCGCACCCCGGCCGCCCCCGCUGCCCCUGGGCCGCCCGGUCCCCGCUCGCCACAGCGCGAACCGCAGCGAGUGUCGCACGAGCAGUUCCGGGCUGCUCUGCAGCUGGUGGUGGACCCAGGUGACCCUCGCUCCUACCUGGACAACUUCAUCAAGAUCGGCGAGGGCUCCACUGGCAUCGUGUGCAUUGCCACCAUCCGCAGCUCGGGCAAGCUGGUGGCCGUCAAGAAGAUGGACCUGCGCAAGCAGCAGAGGCGAGAGCUGCUCUUCAACGAGGUGGUGAUCAUGCGGGACUACCAGCACGAGAACGUGGUGGAGAUGUACAACAGCUACCUGGUGGGGGACGAGCUCUGGGUGGUGAUGGAGUUCCUGGAAGGAGGUGCCCUCACUGACAUCGUCACCCACACCAGGAUGAACGAGGAGCAGAUCGCCGCCGUGUGCCUGGCCGUGCUGCAGGCCCUGUCUGUGCUCCACGCCCAGGGCGUCAUCCACCGGGACAUCAAGAGCGACUCCAUCCUGCUGACCCACGAUGGCAGGGUGAAGCUGUCAGACUUCGGCUUCUGCGCCCAGGUGAGCAAGGAGGUGCCACGGAGGAAGUCGCUGGUCGGCACGCCAUACUGGAUGGCCCCGGAGCUCAUCUCCCGGCUUCCCUACGGGCCUGAGGUGGACAUCUGGUCGCUGGGCGUCAUGGUGAUCGAGAUGGUGGAUGGGGAGCCUCCCUACUUCAACGAGCCGCCCCUCAAAGCCAUGAAGAUGAUUCGGGACAACCUGCCACCCCGACUGAAGAACCUGCACAAGGUGUCACCCUCCCUGAAGGGCUUCCUGGACCGCCUGCUGGUCCGCGACCCGGCGCAGCGGGCCACGGCGGCCGAGCUGCUGAAGCACCCGUUCCUGGCCAAGGCGGGGCCGCCCGCCAGCAUCGUGCCGCUCAUGCGCCAGAACCGCACCAGAUGAGGCCGGCGCCCCGAACCAAAGAGCCCCUCGGGUCGCCCCAGCCCUGCCAAGGCCAGUAGGGGGCCAGCCCCCGCCCCUCCCCGCCCGGGAGACACUCCACAGGGCACCACCCUCUUUGCUGGGGGGGCACAUGGGACCCUACUACUGAACUCUGGUUUUGAUUUUACGACUUUUGAAAAAUCACAGUGACUCAUGGGAGUAAGUGAGAUUCCCAGGACCUCCCUCCCCUCCGGGACAGGCCCCUCUGUGCCCUUCUGUCUCCAGGAAGGACAGGCGGCCCUCCCAUCACUGGAAGUCUGCAGCGGGGGGGUGCUGGGGCGGAGAGAACACUAUGAAAGAGGUGCGUGUGUGUGCGUGCGAGUGUGUGUGCGUGCGUGUGCCUGCACGCUGAGGGUCCAGUUGCUCUGUCCUCCAGCCUGCAAGUCGGUGUCCCUGACACCUUGCCUGACAUCCAGCCCCCUCCCCCUGAGCCAUUGUGGGGGUCGAUCAUGAAUGUCCGAAGAGUGGCCUUUGCCCGUAGCCUGCUCACCUCUCUGGACGGGAGACGGGUUGGGGCCCCCGCCCACCCCAGCCUCUGCAGCAAAUGACUACUGCACCUGGACAGCCUCCUCUUUUCUAGAAGUCUAUUUAUAUUGUCAUUUUAUAACACUCAAGCCCCUGCCCCCACCUGGGGACAGCUGGCCCCUGCCCUCCGGGUGGCACCGGAGACAGAACUACUGCCUGAAGGAUCAGGUGCCCGCACGGUCAGCGCAGCCCCGCCCGCCCGCCUCGAGUUAGUUUUACAAUUAAAACAUUGUCUUGUUU